GUCCUUGGCUCUUAACAAGUUUAUGUUGUGACUCACAGAAGCUCAAACUUCGCAUUUGGAUCACAAUGAAAGAGCUCUCACUCAUCACAUGAGAAGUUCAUCCUACAAAUAUUCAUAUGUUAAGCUCCUGUUAAGCUGCUGUUGUCUUUUGGUGUUAAUGUCAUUAAGGAGCACCCACGAGAAGAAGCUUUAAAAGGCUAAAACAAAUAGAUAAAUGUAAUUAUCCUGCUCUUAAAAUUAUAUAUUUAAGUCUUUGUUUUAUUUUAAAUGUAAUAUUUAAAAAGGGCCACUUUAGUGAAAUUUCAGCAAUAGUUCUGUCACCUGCUGGUUCUUGCACUUGGUUGGUAAAGAUAAUAUGCAAUAUAUAUUUGGCAAUUAUUUUUUGGGGGAAAAUACAGACAAGUGGGUGUAGAGGUUAUCUUAUUGAUUCAACUUACAACACAGCAACCCACCCAUUCUCUCCUCCUCUGUCUGUCUCUUUUGUUGUGGUUGCUGCUGAUGGUUUAGCCCACAAAGCCAGUCAUUGCUGUCACGCUGCCAUAGCAACCAGGAAAUACUCACGGCCGUCAGUGGAGUAGUGUGUAAAUGUGCGUGUGUGUGUGUGUGUGUGUGUUGGGGGAUAGAGAGCAGAACGUGGCGACUGGGAGUCCAGACGGAUCACAACAACAGAAGGGACUGAUUUUCACCUUUGCCUUCAAUUCUACGAUUUCCACGCUUCAUCUUCCACCAGGCUUUAACAGCUGGCUCAGAGAUGGCUGCCAGCACCGCAGCCACGACUCUCCUGCCUCCAGUGAAGAGCGUGGUGGUGUAUAGGAAUGGAGACCCCUUCUACAAUGGACGGAGGUUUGUGGUCAACCAGCGACAGGUAGCCACCAUGGAGGCCUUUCUGAAUGAAGUGACCCAGAGCAUCGGUGCUUCACUUGCCAUCAGGACUCUGUACACCCCCAGACAGGGCCACAGGGUCUCAGACCUCCAGGACCUUCAGACAGGAGCCCAGUAUGUUGCUGCUGGCUUUGAAAGGUUCAAGAAACUGGAUUACCUGAACACAGGAGCGAAAAAGCUGCCCGCUGCCCGUGAAGAAACCCAGGCCAAAUUAACCCAGAGACCCAAUGUCUCAGCCAAAUGGAGGAAGUUUAUACCUGUACCUUGCAUUAUACAUGUUUUCCGUAAUGGAGAUCUCCUGUGUCCACCAUUCCGAUUCAUCAUUCCUCGCAGCAUGCGGCAAGACCUGGAGCAGAUCCUGAGUCUGGUCACAGAGAAGGUCAGCUUACGAACCGGAGCUGUACGCAGGUUGUGCUCUUUGGAAGGAGUGACUGUGUCCUCAGCUGUUGAGCUGGAGACUGGUCACUGCUAUGUUGCCGUGGGAACCGAGAGGUUCAAGAAACUUCCAUAUGUGGAGCUGUUGGUCUCAAAAGCUACACAGAGAUAUUACCCAGGAAAGAGAAGGCUGUUAAGGAGAAAUGAGAACAGGAAAGCAGGACGUGGUCCAGAAGACCAGUACAGUGACUCAGCUCUCCUCGACUCCCCAGAGUCAGAUGGUCGGAGGGUGAAGUCGACAGGAGAUGAAGCUGCAGCUCCAGCAGCCACACAGCAGAGGAGCAGGAGAGAAGGAGAAGACAAGACCUCUGCCUUCUUCGCCAGGCCGGUCAAGAUCCGCAACAACAGACGACAGCCAAGACCACCCCUCAGCAAUGGAACUGUCCAGCCCAGCGUGUUUAAAAGAGCAGCACGGAAAAGAAGAGAGGAGGUACGAGGGGCCGAGGAGGUGCACGAGGAUGAAAACACAGCGAUAGAGCUUCCUGUUGACCAGAGAGUUGCAGAAAUAGUGGAGGAUGAGGAACUAAACAACCAAAAUGAUCCUGUGCACAACACACAGCAGGCACCUCCAUCUGAGCAAGAUGGUGUGAAACAGGAGGAAAAUUCUGCUAGGACUGAGGGUUCUGCUGCGGAAACACUGGAGCCUGAGCUGAAGCAGACAUUUUUAAAGUCAAGACCUUCGUCAUCCACCUCUCAGGCAAAGAACAGGGAAGAAAAGGCAAGUUUACCCACCUCACAUCAUAAAACAUGCAUGGCAAGUUCUUGGCAUCCCCAUAACCAGGCCCAAUGAAAGUGUGUGUUUGAUUGCUUCUUCUUUUACACUGUUUUAAUAAUUUGCUCUAACAGAAGAGGCCACAGGACGCCCCAUCGAUUACAGUAGAACAGAACCAUCAUCAGGAGGACUGGUGAGCUCAGAAAAAUCAUCAUCAUAACAGUUUCACUACAGCCACGGGCACAGCAGAUAACCCGGCGAUUACUGCUUCUACAAUGACCUAUGCGGCUAAUUGAAAGUUUGAUUAUAUUGGUAGUACUUGGUACUUUACUACUACCAAUUACUUUGGUAAUGAGCCAAGUAACAACAUUAACUUAUGUUGUAAGAGUCAAAAAUGUGAACAGGCUCAGACAAAAGAAGAACAAACACUACAGGAGAUGAACACACUCACAUGCAAAUCAUAAGCUCAAGUAAACCAAACUCAAAAAUGAUCACACAGUCAAAACAACACUUUUCUGACAUUAUAAGCUGCCCAAAGGUAAUGUUUGUUGUAUUGUACACCUGUUUUACUUGGAAAAUUCUGAUACAGAUAUUGUGUAGAUGUUCAAUGAUGCAAUUUAUUCCUUAUAUAUGUACAUAAGAAACAAUAUUUUGGGACAUUUUAAGCCUAAAUUUAUUUUGAUUUGCAGGGAUCAGUGAUGGAGAUCAUAAUGCAAAGAGUUGUGUUUUGCCAACAAUUUAAUAAUAAAAUAUCAGACAUCACAAGCUGAAUAGAUGCAACGAUAACAAAGUCAUCUGUACAGUGUUUGGUGUCAGUUAAAUAAUGUGACAAUAAAAAUAUAUAUUACUAUGUA